GUCACCGACAUGUUGUUUGCUUGUAUCAUCAGCUAGCUCCUUGACAUUCUAGCGACAUUGGAAAUGUUGCGCCCCCUGCAAUACCUUCCGCACAUAUGUCCACUUUCAGAGGCGUCAUAGCUGAAUUUCCCCACAUCAGGAUAGAUUGUUUCCGUCAGCAACCGGAGCACAAGGCGCCGUUAGCAUGCUUCUUGAGUCAUGUACACUCUGAUCAUUUGGCCGGCCUCGAGUCGUUACGCGCUCCGUUUGUGUACUGUUCAGCUGCGACUAAGGAGAUACUGCUGCGACUAGAGAAAUUUUACUAUCGUGUCAACUUUGCUAAGGGUAUCCUCGAGAGUAGCAAUGUCACUUACGACAGAAGCAUGCGCAAACUGGCUAAGGCGCUCCCUCUUGACACACCAACCUUGAUUGAAUUAGCGCCAGGAAACAGUAUCAGGGUAACUCUUAUCGAUGCGAACCAUUGCGUCGGUGCCGUCAUGUUUCUGAUCGAGGGCAAUGGUAAAGCAAUACUGUACACCGGCGAUAUCCGUGCGGAAGAAUGGUGGGUAAACUCAAUAGUACAAAACCCAGUACUAUUGCCAUAUUCACUCGGAAACCGAGAGCUCGAUUGCAUGUAUUUGGACACGACUUUCGCUACAAAAAAGGAGCCCUAUCGACAAUUUCCGAGUAAAGCACAAGGCAUACAAGAGCUGCUGGACAAGGUCGGUGAGUAUCCGCGCGAUACAAUCUUUUACUUCCAUUCUUGGACGUUUGGAUAUGAGAACGUAUGGAUAGCGCUCUCUGCAUUCCUACACUCGCGCAUACAUCUUGACGAGUAUCGAGCGCGUGUAUACGGUUCAUUGUCUACGCUAGAUAAGCGGCAAUUGCGAGAAGCAGGCCUUGAUGUCCCAGCAAGUAACAAGCCGCUUCAAGAAUCUGGACUGGAGAUCCGCGAGGCUCCUGCUUUAUGCGGUGUUAGGAAUGGAAAUCACAUACAACCGGGUUGUCUAACGUCUCAGGAGGACGUCCGCAUUCAUAGUUGUGAGCGUGGCAUGGGUUGUUCUGUCCUGGACCGCGAUUCGAACGCAGAGAUCAUACACAUCAUCCCCAUCGUUACGCGCACCGACGGAGUGGAUAUCGCCGAACUAGGCGCUGGAGGUGGCAAGGGUGAUCUCGAUCAGAAAGAAGAGCUAGAGUCUGGUGGAGUGGGCGGCAUAGAUAAGUUGUUGGAGCUCUGUGCUGCAUCCAUAGAGGAUGAGCGUUUGCUCGCGAAAGUAGUUGCGUUGGUACGGCGUACUCUCAUCGAAGAUGGCAAACUCGACCUGGACAUGCAGCUUCAAAAGCACAUUCAUGACACGCAAGACGAUGUGUCUUUGGAAACUCUCGUCUCUAUAUUGUCAUCUAAUGCUUCAAAAGACUCCGGAAUGGAACUGCCGUCUAAUGGGACGAUUCGAUUUCCAUACAGCCGCCAUUCUUCAUACUCCGAACUUCGUGGCCUUGUUAGGGCCUUCAGUCCUAGAGAUGUAUUUCCAUGCACUGUUGACGAUGUUCAUUGGACACCCGAGCUUAGCAUGCGAAAUCUGUUUGGCGAUUUGUGCUCGGCUGAUCUUUUUCGCCACGAUACCAUAAUGAUGGAGAUUUUCGAAGCCAGAUUGGCCUUCGAGGGCCGACAAAAGCGAUACAGAGGAGAGAACCCAACGGAUACGCAAAUGACUGAUGAUGGGGCCUAUGAACGGCAUGUCAUACUCCCCACCUCGAACGACCUCGCUUCAAGCACGCCAACCAAAUCAGGAAACUUUGGGGUUCCGAGGGUUCUUCCUACAUCAGAAACACCUUUUGCGCAUAGUUCUCGUCAGGAAGUGGCCAAUCAAACUCCAGAAGAUCAAUCUAUCCACUUUUCAUCGGUGGCCAAACAGCACACCACGGCUUCCGAUUCUUCCUCCAGAAUAGAUUUACUGGCACCCAGCUUACACAAAAGGCGACGAAAGACAAAUCGGCAACUUGCUUACGACGCAGCAAUUGGAGCCAAUGGUCUUUCUUGGUGCGACUAUGGUGGUUUAGUUUCAACCAGAAGCAGGGCUGUCCAAGAUGAGCCAGAGCUCUGAGAGAAAUCUGAUCUUGCGACCCUUUGCUAAUAUAGGCGAUUUGACGCUCAUAUAUGCUGCAGAGAACAUGGUUUGUUGUAAUGCGGUGGCAAAAGGAAUAGUGUGGGAAAGCCUUUGAGAUGAUAUGGUGUGGUUGCUGUACUCCUUCGCAUUGGCAUCGAGGGUCCUAACUUAACAAUGUAUUU